CUUGCCUGCAUCGACCAACCCUAAACUUCUGACAAUUUUUGCUGCUAAGCCAAAAUCUUGAAGACUAAAUUCAAGGUUAAACAAAAAAGAUAAUGGAUUUAUUUUAAACUUUUGGGAUCAAAUAAAAAGAUGAAUGAAAUUGAUGUACAUGUAAAUACCUGAACUAAAUAAAAUUUCAGUGGGACGACAUUGUCUCCUGACAUUAUCAAGAUAAUUGUGGAGGGAAGACCAAGUAUUAAUGGCGCGGAUACUCGCAAUCUCAAAUCCAUUCACUACAUCCAACUAUUGCUGGCCGUUUUGUCCAAUUUUUUUGGAUAAUAAGAAGACACCCAAAUGGAGUGGUAUUCUUCGUAAACGGCUUUCUGUUUAUCCAUGCUGCACCAUGAGCAUGUCUACAGAUGGAGUUGUAGGUAAAGAUAAAUCAUCUAUGCGUAUAGGCUUUCUAGGUCUUGGAAUCAUGGGUUCUCCUAUGGCGCGUAACCUUAUCAAGGCUGGAUGUGAUGUGACCGUUUGGAACAGAACAGCAAGCAAAUGUGAAUCACUUCUUGACAUUGGUGCAAAAUAUGGAUCAUCCCCAGCAAAUGUUGCAUCAGCAUGUGACAUCACUUUUUCCAUGCUUGCUGAACCUGGAAGUGCAAUGGAAGUCGCUUGUGGAAAGCAAGGGGUUACUCAUGGACUAGGUCCUGGAAAAGGGUAUGUUGAUGUCUCCACAGUUGAUGGAGUCACUUCUAAAGCUAUAAGUGUAGCCGUCAAAGCUACUGGUGCUCAAUUUCUUGAGGCUCCAGUUUCAGGUUCAAAAAAGCCUGCAGAAGAAGGAAACUUGAUCUUUCUCACGGCAGGUGAUAAAUCUCUUUAUGAUGAGGUUGCUCCACUAUUAGACAUAAUGGGAAAGGUAAAAGUAAAGCUAUCAUCAGUCUAUAUGAAGCACCUUUGUAUGAUGGCUUCAUUCUCAGAGGGUUUGGUUCUUGGUCAGAAAGUGGGACUAGAUCCCAAUAUUCUACUUGAGGUAGUAUCACAGGGUGCUAUAAGUUCACCCAUGUUUUCAUUGAAGGGCCCAUCUAUGGUAAAAUCCAGUUACAACCCAGCAUUCCCUCUCAAACACCAGCAGAAGGAUCUGCGGCUAGCUUUGGCUAUGGCAGAAGAAGUGUCGCAGUCCACUCCACUUGCAGCAGCUGCAAAUGAACUAUACAAGGUGGCAAAAGCUCAUGGUCUAGGCGAAGAGGAUUUUUCAGCAAUUAUUGAAGCACUCAAAGUUUUGAAGAAAUAAAGUACAUUUAUAACUCAGAUUACCUUCUACGGACUGCAGAAUCGCAGAUUCGAUAGUCUGAUUGGUGCUUCGUUGAGAGCUUUUGAAAGAGUUUCCUGAACAAGUUUUCUACGGAGAGAAUGUCCUCAAAUCAAACAAAUCCAUAGAAUAUUAAAAAGCGAUGUAGAGAAUCAUCUAUCACUGUCAAACAUGGCAGUUUUAUCCUAUAGUCAAAUUCAUUCCUGCUCAAACUUCCAUUGAGGCAUACACUAUUGAUUCACAAAAAUGUUAAACAAGAGCGUCAUUAGUAAAGACUCUAAUGCAAUUUUGUGUUCAAACUAAACAUCCUCAUAUUUGUUUCAUGCCAAGAUUUACCAUAUGCUUUUAAUUCAUGCCAGUGCACACUGUGAUAACUGUGACAGUGAUUUCCAGGAGAGCGGAUAUGUUUUACUAUAUUCUCUUCAUUCUAUGAAUAUCUUAUACCUUGAAAAAUAAAACCCGUUAUGUAAUCA